CGCACCUCACCAACCAAAUUCCAAAUUGCUCACUCUUUACAACCCUUUGAUACCCCAACCACGCCAUGUCGGAACCACCUGAGUACCAGAAACUAUUAAACAAGGACACAGAGUCGUUUGACGUGGAUGUCGAGGACCAGGCGCCGACCUACCCUCCGGGCCCUAGCGACUUCGUGUCGAGGGUGAUCUUUGUAUAUGCCCCCCCUCGGUUUGGAUUUGACGAUCCUAAGGAGUAUGUAGGCUUGGUAGGGAAGACGAAGGAGAAAACCAUCCAAAACAUAUGUCGUUAUAUCCCUGAACUGGCAGAAUAUCCAGCCGACCACAUUUCCUUCCGCUUGAGCUCGACUGCAUCGGCUCACCCUAGAAAUUGGCCAGUUGUAACCGAGGAUAUCUGGUUCACCUUCGUGUCAGAUCCCCCUGAGAAGCUGGGCGUGAUUGUGGAGCCGACGCAGAAGGACAAAGAUGCUAAUCGCGCCAGACAAGUAAAGAUUUCCAUAAUCAUCGUAUGCUGCUUCAUUGGAUUUUGGGGGCUGGUCGCCGCUAUUGUUGCUAUGGGGGAUCAUUUCUUUCCGUCGUAACCCAAAACAACACUGCAAAACUGAGCGUGAACCUUCUUGCGAUGAUAGUACACCUGUAUGGUGUUGUAAAGACUUGAUAUCAUAGGUCCCUAGGCCGACACAAAAGGGAAUGGAAGCCAGAAAAAACGACGAUCAACACAAGUAGAUAUUCAUAUAAUUGAUUUUCCCCUUAAUUCACAUCUCCCACGACGAGACUUGGUCAAGCACGUCUGUUAGCCCCCCUCUUCCUCAUGCUAUUGAGGACGAUUCAUCAAAUUCCGAAACACCAAUGAGAUCAUGGAGACCCACGAGGAUGUCAAUGAGGCUGUCAUGGAUGAACAAUGCUGUUCCGGUUUCUUCCCUCGGUCUCUUAUCUCGGUUUCGAGACUUUGUUUCUCAUUUUCAACUUGUGUCCUAGCUUCUGGUUCUGGUUUCUAGGACUCGUUUCUCAUUCUCAUUUUCGUUAUUACUCUCGUUCUCUUCCCCCAAGUUCUAGUUCUCUUCUCUUUCUCUUUCGUCUUCCCAUCAAUACCAUAUACAUCGUCUAUCUUUUAUUAUACAAUUUACGAGUAUUCA